UAGUACACGUUCCUAACCGCCCCGAGACAGUAGAGAAACAUCCAGCGAGAUGAAGGCCGUCCAGAAACUCGCGGGCUUCCCCACCCUGCUGCUGGCGGGCAACCCCUCCACAGCGGACCUGGCCACGCUGCUCGUGGGCAUCGCCGGCUCCAUCGCGGCCGGCGUGCCCUUCCCCUUGAUUGGCAUCAUUUUUGGCCAGCUGCUCGACGACUUCAACGGUGCGACGUGCGGGUCCGACUCGGAAGAAGGGGGCUCCGGGUACCAGUCCGGCAUCAACGACAAGAUCCUCAUCAUUGUCUACCUGGCCAUUGCCCAAUUCGUUCUCAUUUACGUCCAUCUCUUGUGCUGGACCCUCACCGGCGCCCGCCUGGCCCAGCGUCUCCGCGAGAACUACCUGCAGAACCUGCUGCGCCAGGAGCCGUCCUUUUUCGAUGGCCUGCCCCCUGGAGAGGUCGCGUCGCGCCUGCACAGCGACAUCCAGACGAUUCGGUCCGGCACCUCGGAGAAGGUCGGCAUCUGUCUUUCCAGCUUGUCCUUCUUCAUCACGGCCUACAUCGUCGCCUUCAUCAAGCAGUCCGAGCUGGCCGGCAUGCUGGUCUCCCUCGUCCCUUGUUACUUCAUCAUGUCCUUUGUCGGCAGCCACUACAUCGAAAAGUACACGGGCCUCAUGUCCGACUACGCCGCGUCGGCCGCGUCGAUAGCCUCCGAGGCGCUUAACAACAUCGUCGUCGUCCAGGCGUUUGGCGCCAAUGCCCGGCUCGAGGAGAAGUUCUCCACUGCGCUCAAGUCGUCCGAGCAGGAGGGCAUCAAAAAGGCCACGGCCAUUGGCAUCCAGACGGGCUUCCUGUACUUCAUCGCCUACUCGGCCAACGGUCUGGCCUUCUGGCAGGGCAGCAAGCGCGUCGCCGAGGCCGUGGGCACGGGCUCCCAGGGCACGACUGUCGGCUCCGUCUUCACCGUCAUCUUCAUCCUGGUCGAGGCAACGCUCCUCCUCAGCCAAGUCGCCCCCUUCAUCCACCUCUUCUCGGCAGCCGUGGGCGCGUUCCACAAGCUCCGCGGCGACAUCGACCGCGAGCCGCAAAUUGACGGCACGACGACGUCGAACCUCGCGCUCCCGGCGGCCGGCGCCGGGUUCGAGUUCAAGAACGUGUCCUUCACGUACCCGUCGCGGCCCGAGAUCACCGUCCUGGACGGCGUGAGCUUCAGCAUCCCGCCGAACAAGCACACGGCGCUCGUGGGCCUGUCGGGCAGCGGCAAGAGCACCAUCGCCGGGCUGGUGACGCGCCUGUACAACCCCACGGCGGGCGAGAUCCUGUUUGACGGGAUUGACGUGCGCGAGCUGCACGCGCGCGACGUGCGAGGUUUCCUGGGCUUGGUGCAGCAGGAGCCGUCGCUGCUGGACCGGUCGCUGCUCGAGAACAUUGCGCACGGGCUGAUCAACGACGCCAGCCCCGUGCACGCGCACCUCAAGCCCACGCUACUGGGGAGCGAGCUGGCCGAGGUGGCGCGCGAGAUGCGCGACGAUGGGGUUGACAUGCUCGUCGCGGCCGAGAAGCGCGGCGCCGAGUGCGUCGAGAUUGUGCGACUGGUGAAGCGGGCGGCCGAGCUGGCCGACGCCGACGGCUUCAUCACCAACCUGCAGUACGGGUACGGCACGACGGUGGGCUCGAGCGGGCGGCUCAUCAGCGGCGGGCAGAAGCAGCGCGUGGCGCUCGCAAGAGCCUUGGUCAAGGACCCGCCGCUGCUGGUGCUGGACGAGGCGACGGCAUCGCUGGACUCGCGGUCCGAGGAGCGCAUCCAGCGCGCAAUUGCGGGCAUCACGUCCGGGCGCACGAUUCUGACCAUCGCGCACCGGCUGUCGACCAUUACAGCGGCGGACAACAUCAUCGUCAUGCACCGCGGCAAGAUCCUCGAGCAAGGCACGCACGCCGAGCUGAUGGCCAAGGACGGGUCGUACGCGGAGCUGGUGAAGCUGCAGUCGCUGGCUGCGCCGGCGGCAGUCGGUGGUGGUGGUGGAGCGAAGAGAAUCAGUGCUGGCGACGACGAGAUUGGCAAGUCGAGCACGUCGGACGACGGGGACGGGCUUGGCGUGGCCGACGACAAGGAAAAGUUUUCGACGCACGAGGAGGAGACGGUCGAGGGAGACGACGGCGACGAGCCCGAGCCCGAGACGCCGAAAAAGUCCAUGUGGGCGCUGGUGCGAGGCUACGGGCCCGCGAUCCGGCCGCACCUGCUGAUCAUCGUGUUUGCGCUGCUGGGGUCGGUCGUGGUGGGCGGGGCGUUCAGCGGAGAAGCCGUCAUCUUCGGCAACACGGUGGGCAGCCUGUCGCCGUGCCACAGCGGCAGCUUCAUCAAGUCGCGCGGCGACUUCCUGGGCCUGAUGUUCUUCGUGCUGGCCAUCAUCGAGUUCUUCGCCAACAUCUUCAGCUGGACCGGCUUCGGGUGGGUGUCGGAGAAGGUCGUGUACACGGUGCGCGUGCUCUCGUUCCGCAGCCUGUUUGCGCAGGACCUGCAGUGGCACCAGUCCGAGGGCCGGUCGCCCGCCCUGCUGCUCGCGUACAUUACGCGCGACGGCAACGCCCUGGCGGGUUUCAGUGGCAGCGUCAUCGGCACCCUGUUCAGCAUCACCGUCAACCUCUUCGCCGCCAUCAUCCUCACCCACAUCAUCGCCUGGCGCAUCGCCCUCGUGUGCUUGGCCCUGGUGCCGCUGCUGCUGGGCGCCGGCCUCAUGGAGCUGCGCGUGCUGGGCCAGUUUGAAGAAAAGCACGAGAACGCCUACACGCACUCGGUCGACAUUGGCGUCGAGGCCGUCUCAUCCAUCAAGACCAUCGCCAGCUACUCGCUCGAGGCCGAGACGCUGGCGACGUACAAGCGCUCACUCGACGCGCCGCGCAAGGACACGCUCAACGUGACGCUGCAGGCGUCCUUCUGGCAGGCGCUGACGUACUUUCUGGGCAACAUGGUCAACGCGCUGGCAUACUGGUGGGGCGCCAAGCAGAUCAUCCUGGGCAACUACAACCAGACGCAGUUCAUGAUUGUCGUGUUCUCGCUGCUGGUGUCGGCGCUGCUGUGGAGCCAGAUGUUUGCGCUCGCGCCCGAGCUGUCCAACGCCCGCGCCGCCAUGGCGCGCAUCCUGUCGCUGAUCCAGCUGGGCGAGGGCGGCAUGGUCGGGCACGUCAAGCCACUGGCAAUCGAGGCCGAGGACGGUGAAGUUGCCGCCGUGCCCGACGCAGCGGCGGCAGAAGGACACGAGGCCAAGCCCGCGCAGGCGGCCAGCGUCGAGCUCGCCGACGUGCACUUCUCGUACCCGGCGCGCCCGGACAUCAAGGUCCUGAACGGGCUGAGCAUCAAGAUCGAGCCGGGACAAUUCUGCGCGCUGGUGGGGCCCUCCGGCGCCGGCAAGUCGACCAUCAUCUCGCUGAUCGAGCGCAUGUACGUGCCGCAAACGGGGCGCAUCCUGCUCAACGGCGCGGACAUCACGGCCUCGAAAUCCGUCGCGUUCCGCGGCACCGUGUCGCUGGUGCCGCAGGAGUCGGUGCUGUUCGAGGGCAGCGUGGCGUUCAACAUCGCUCUCGGAUCACGGCCGGGGCACACAGCCUCGCAGGCUGAGAUCGAGGCCGCGUGCAAGCUAGCCAACAUCCACGACGUGAUAGCCGCGCUGCCCGAGGGGUACUCGACGCUAUGCGGGCCAUCGGGGAGCCAGUUCUCGGGCGGGCAGAAGCAGCGUCUAUCGAUUGCGCGGGCGCUGGUGCGGCGGCCGGGGCUGCUGAUCCUGGACGAGAGCACGAGCGCGCUGGACGCGGAGAGCGAGCGCCUGUUGCAGGAGGGCCUGGACAAGGUCGUCGAGGCCGGGACGACGGUGGUCGCGAUUGCGCAUCGCUUGCAUACGAUCCGCAAGGCGGAUUGCAUUUUCCUCGUCGAUGGCGGCAGGUGCACGGAUCGCGGCACGCAUGACGAGUUGUUGGAGCGGAGCGAGAGCUAUCGCGCCAAUGUUAUGCACCAGACGGUUGCGACGUAGGAGGUGGUGGUGGUGUAGAGUUGGGUUUU